AUGGCAACCCGUCUCCUCCGAACAAACUUUAUCCGGCGUCCGUACCGUUUCUCCGCCUUAAGUCCGGUGGGACCCCCCACCGUAACCGCUUCAACAGCCGUCGUCCCGGAGAUUCUCUCCUUUGGACAGCAACAACAAGCACCCGAACCACCUCUCCACCACCCGAAACCCAACGUAGCUCACAAUGACAUCGAUCUCUCCGAUCAAGCCCGUCUCUUCUCCUCUGUCCCCACCUCCGAUCUCAUCCGUUCCACCGCCGUGCUUCAUGCUGCGGCGAUAGGUCCGAUGGUGGAUCUGGGAACGUGGGUCAUGAGCUCCAAACUCAUGGACACCGCCGUGACACGUGGCAUGGUCCUUGGCCUUGUGAAAAGUACGUUUUACGACCACUUCUGUGCCGGUGAAGACGCAGCCGCCGCCGCAGAACGCAUCAGGAGCGUAUACGAGGCUACGGGUCUCAAAGGUAUGCUUGUGUACGGCGUUGAACACGCCGAUGACGCUGCCUCUUGUGAUGACAACAUGCACCAUUUCAUGCGCACCGUUGAAGCUGCCAAAUCCUUACCAACAUCUCACCUUAGCUCCGUGGUCGUGAAGAUAACCGCGAUUUGUCCGAUUAGUCUCCUGAAACGAGUGAGCGAUUUGCUUCGGUGGGAAUACAAGAGUCCGAAUUUCAAACUCUCGUGGAAGCUCAAAUCGUUUCCGGUUUUCUCCGAUUCGAGCCCUCUCUACCACACAAACUCAGAACCGGAACCGUUAACCGCCGAAGAAGAACAGGAGCUCGAAGCAGCCCACAAAAGGAUCCAAGAAAUCUGUCGGAAAUGCCAAGAGUCCAACGUCCCUUUGCUUAUCGACGCAGAAGACACAAUCCUCCAACCCGCGAUCGAUUACAUGGCUUACUCAUCGGCCAUUUUGUUCAAUGGGGACAAAGAUCGACCGAUCGUUUACAACACGAUUCAGGCCUACUUGAGAGACGCGGGCGAGAGAUUGCAUUUGGCUGUACGAGAAGCCGAGAAAGAGAAUGUUCCUAUGGGGUUUAAGCUUGUGAGAGGGGCUUAUAUGUCUAGCGAAGCUAGUUUGGCAGAUUCCUUGGGUUGCAAGUCACCGGUCCAUGACACGAUCGAGGACACGCACGCUUGCUACAACGACUGCAUGACCUUCCUUAUGGAGAAAGCUUCGAACGGGUCAGGUUUUGGCGUCGUUCUUGCAACGCAUAACGCUGAUUCGGGGAGACUUGCGUCGAGGAAGGCAAGUGAGCUCGGGAUCAGUAGACAGAACGGGAAGAUAGAGUUUGCGCAGCUAUACGGUAUGUCAGAUGCAUUGUCCUUCGGUUUAAAGAGAGCCGGGUUCAAUGUUAGCAAGUACAUGCCAUUUGGACCGGUUGAAACCGCUAUACCGUAUCUUCUCCGACGUGCUUACGAGAAUCGGGGAAUGAUGGCCAGCGGAGCCAAUGAUCGUCAACUCAUGAGGAUGGAAGUCAAGAGGAGAUUGCUCGCAGGGAUUUCGUAA